UUCCCUCGCUCCGGCCGUUACCCAAGCAGGCAGACACCUCAGCUGUCAAGCUCAGCUCCGUGCCUGCCUCCUCCAUCCUAGGAAGGCGGCGGCGGCGGCCGCACCCGCAAAGAGAGAAGCUCGGCGGCGGCCGGUCGGUGGCAAUGGUGGACGUGGACCGCCGGAUGGCCGGCCUGACACCAGCGGCGCACGCGGCGGGGCUUCGGCGCCUGUCAACGCGCGCCGCGGCGGGGCCCUCGUCAGCGUCGGCGUCCCCGCGGCACGGCCUGCACUCCUUCGCCCCGGUCGCGGCCGCGGUGCUGGCCCACCUCCGGGCCUCCGGUGUCGCCGUGCUCCCGGGCCUCACGGAGCUCGAGCUGGCGCGCGCCGAGGCCGAGAUGGGGUUCGCGUUCCCGCCCGACCUCCGCGCCGUCCUCGCCGCGGGGCUGCCGUCGGGGCCUGGGUUCCCGGACUGGCGCUCCCGCGCCGGGCUCCGGUCCGCGUUCGACCUGCCCAUCGCCGCGGCGUCGCUCCAGAUCGCGCGGGGUGCGCUGUGGCCGCGAUGCUGGGGGCCGCGCCCCGCCGACCCGGACCGCGCGCUGCGGCUCGCGCGCUCCGCCAUCCGCCGCGCGCCGCUGCUCGUGCCGCUCUUCGACCGGUGCUUCCUCCCCUGCCGGCCCUGCCUGGCGGGCAACCCGGUGUUCUUCGUCACCGACGACCGCGUCCUCUGCUGCGGCCUCGACGUGCUCCACUUCUUCACCCGCGACUCCUGCUUCCAGCCGACGCUCGACCCGCGGGCGCCGCUGCCGUUGUCCCGCGAGACGCCCGCCGCGACGCCGUGCACGCGCCGCAGCCUCGACGCGGCCUGCGGCGGCAAGGCCCCGCGCUGGAUCGAGUUCUGGAGCGACGCGGCGUCCGACCGGCGCCGCCGCGACUCGUCCUCCUCGGAGGCCUCCACCGCGUCGUCGCUGUCCUCCGGGUGCGCGUCCCCGCCGCCGCCGCCCAGGCGGUCCAGGACCCCGCACUGGGUCGACACCUACCUGGACCGGCUCGGCUCCGUGCUGCGGCAGGGCGGGUGGAGGGACACGGAGGUGACGGAGAUGGUGGAGGUGGCGGCCUCCGGGAUGUUCGACGGCGAGGAGGCGGCGGCGCCCCCCGAGGCCGACCCCGACGCCGUGCUCGACGCGCUGCUGCUCAAGGCCGACCGGUGCUCAGACUCGCUCCGGCGCGCCGGGUGGAGCUCCGAGGACGUGUCGGACGCGCUCGGGCUCGACCUCCGCCGGUGCAAGGAGCGGCCACGCCCCGCCGUGCAGAUUCCUCCGGAGAUCGCCGUGAAGGUCGAGCGGCUCGCGCGGUCGGUGGCGCGGCGCCCCUGACCCGGCCUCGCCGCGGCUCUGGCACGGCCGCAUCAGCUGCCGCCGGAGAGGCACCUGCCGCCACCAUUUUUCUUCAUCCCUUUCAAAAAUGCCCCAUUCAGAUUUUUUAUUGACUUUUUCACUAUACAAGGAAAGAAUACUUGUACUUUAAUCAAGUAGUAAAAACUGUACGAAAAAGUUAACCCCAUGAUCGUGUCUAUGCGGAGGUGUAAUUAAAUGCUUGGAAGUGAGCAGUACUAACGGCUACAUUUGACGGCGCAAGCCAUUUCUUCGUGUCUCGCUAAGGCCAGCAUAGCCAGCCUCAAUGGAGUUUUAUGAAAAGUUUUAUGGAGUAUAUUACUGACUGUUU